CUGAGGGAAGCUAUGGCUAAGUAUUGCCGAGGACAGGGGGACAAGUGGCCGCAAAGUCUACCGCUAGCACUUUUUGCCGACCGAAUUACCGUGAGCCGGGUUACAGGGUUCUCCCCGUAUCAGCUUCUACAUGGAUGCGACCCUGUCCUUUCCCUGGAUUUGGCAGAGGCCACGUUUCUGGUGCAAGACUUCCGCGCAGGCAUGACCACCUCUGAAUUGCUGGCAGCCAGAAUGAGGCAGCUAGAACGCCGCCCAGAAGACCUUGCGCGCGCGGCAGCGGCCUUGCGGAAGGCACGCUUUCGAUCAAAAACGCAGUUCGAGCGACGGUUCACCAAGCGAUUAAGGAGAGAGGAUUACCGUGAAGGGGAACUGGUACUCUUGAAGAAUUCGGCAAAUGAGCGACGAGUAGGGGCAGACGUAAAGAUAGCAGCCCGCUACCUGGGGCCCUUCAUGAUAGUUAGGAAGAAUCGAGGCGGGGCCUACAUACUACAAGAACUGGACGGCACGGUAAUAGCGGGCGGCGUGGCCCCCAGGCGACUCCUGCCAUAC